AUCACUAAAACGACGCCAUUUUCGCGUUGAGUUUGAUUCUGCAGUGUGUCGUCUGUCUCGGGAAUUUUGAAUUUAUAAACAAGUCCAUUAUCCUAUUUUGAUAAUAUGUAUUAAUUUUAACUGCUUGAAAGUUAUGUUAUUCAAAAAACUUAAUCGUUUGGUUCGAGGUUCAGUAAUUGUUGUUAUAUUGUCUGCGCGGGAAAUGUGACUACGUCCAAUAUCAUUUUGGUCUUAAGAACACAACUGGAAUAAUAAGGAAACAACUGAGAAUUAAGUGAGUUUCAAAAUGAUUCCCACUAAAACACGUGAAAGUCGAAGAGUGAAAGCUUUAAAGCUUCCAAAAAACCUAGAACGCUUAUAUAAAGAAGGAAAAUGUCGCGAGUGUGCUGUUGUUAUAACUCGCAUGGACUUUGCCAAGAUAUUAGGCAAAUUUACAAAAGUUAAAAUUCAAUAUGAAAGUAGCACAACAGCCAAAACGAAGCAAAGUUCCGAUUCGAGUUCACCUAAUUCUAAUGCAAGGCUAAAAAGCAACGAGAAUGGUAUGGUUCUUAUACACCGAAAUGCCUACAGUCAACACCCAAUCAAAGAACUAACAAACUCAAAAAAAGUAACAGGUAAUGAUUCUCGUGUGGCGUCCAAUAUAUUAAAGGAAAACAAUAGGCUAAAAAAAUCGGUACUAAAAGACAAGAAUUCUAACUAUGAAGACAAGAAGCAUAUAAUCAAUACAAACUUAAAACAGUAUGGUAUUGUAUUUGAGGAUCCCUUGGUAAGUAAUAAUAAUGAUAUCAAUUGCAAAAUAACAUUAAUUGACUUAUUGCCUCAAAUUGAUGAGAUUAUCUUACCAUCUGACGAGUGGUGUAUAGACUAUUUUCCUAAAAAAGAUGAACCAAAGGAUGACCAAGUAUAUGAUCGUAUAGCAGCAGAACUUGAAGAUUUAAUGUAUAAUGAAAAGCCCUUAGUGAAGUUAGAUGACAAAGUUGAAAUUGUGGAAAAUAAAGUAGAUGACUUCCCCUCUAUAAUGGACAUUCUGAAUGAUAACAGUAGUGAAAACAAACCAAAUGACCCAAGUGGCAGCCUAGAAUUUAAAACUAACCUAGAAUCUAGUGAUGUUGAAGCAAUGCUUCUUGGCAAAUCAAAUCCUUCAAGUGAAACUGUUGCUCCCACACCUAUGGACGUUGAUAAUAACAGUAUGGGUAAUUUAUUGGAAGAUGUUAAUCAACUUAGUGCAAUACAAGACACAAUUACAAAUGUUGACGUAGCAGCGAUCAGUAGCUGUGAGGCUAGCUUACCUGCAUCCAUGAUACCAGAGGAAGCUGAGAAUCCUCAUAGUCCUUCCAUACUUGAUGAAACUCUACAGAAGGGUAUUGAAGAACACCUACCAGUUAAGCAUCUGGAAGCCACUGUUGAGACUCCUACAGAAGAAGAAAAAGAAUCACUUCCAGUAAAUACAGAAGAUAUAAUACCAACUGAUACAAGUGAUGCUAAUAUGGAUGAGAAAGAAACAGAAUUAAAGGUAACAGACGUUAAGGUUGAAAAUGAAAAUAGUGAGUCUAAUGACCAAAUCAAAAGUAAAGAAAAAAACUUUUUAGCUUCAAAAGAUGGUAUAACACAUGUUGUAUUUAAAAAGAAUAAAGAAGGUACAUGUUCUAAAUCCGUUACAUGCCCAAAGAACUUAAAAUAUUGUAUUGAAAUAGAUGGCAAAUCUGUUGAAUUUAUAGGUGCACCAAAAUAUAUAUCUAAUUUAGAAGACUUGCAGGUACUUUUGCAGAUUGUUAAUGAAAGUGAACUAGAUAGUUUGUAUGUUCUGCAUUAAAGUAUUUUAGUUUAAACACUACAACAGAUGUAUUGUAAUAAUAGACAAAACUCCCAAGUAGUUAAUUGUUCAAUAUUAUAAAACAUAGUGCCUGGAAAAAUUAUGUGAAGGUAUAGAAUGCCUUCAAUUCUGUUACAUUUUAAAUAUUUUAAAGACUAUUUUCACACCCUGAUCAUUUAUUUGCCUUGGAAAUUGCAUAAACGUCUCAACAUGGCUGUAAAUCGAUUUUAUAUUAACAUUAUGUUAAUGACUGAAAUAUUGAUGUAAAUGGAAAGUUACAUAUUGUUAUAUGUAUCCUGUAUGUAUUGUCUAUAAAAUAUUAUUGCAAUUUAGUGACAUAAUUAUUUUUAGUAAGCUUAGUAAUAUAAUAAACCUCUAUUGGUAACAUUUUAUUUUGGUUUAUGUACUUUAGAAUGUAUAAUUCCUAUUUCAAAAGACUCCUACUGCUAGACAUCCUCUAAACUAAAACUUGUGAAUCUGGCAAAAGCUACUAAAAUAAAUAUUGUACAGUAUGACAUUAAUAAUGUAAUAUAAAAAAAAUACUGCUGUAAUUACUGAAAUCAUCACAUUUUAACAAGUAAAUUGUUAGUCAUUUGCAGUCAAAAUGUAUUUUUUUGCACUCGAAACAUGAAAAAUGAAAUAAUUUUAAUAUCAAAUUUUCCUUUUGAAGGUUUGUGCCACUUAAAAUUAAUAUAUAUAUAAGGCUCUAGUGGGCCAAACCUCCUCAUAGUAAUAUAUAGCAUAGUGGCGGCCUCUUCGUGUUAUAUUAUGUUGCUCUUUCAGAACCCACAAUUGCAAAUAUUCUUUCUUAUAAGACAUAGUGGUAGGUCCUCUGAUUUGUUGUUAAAUUAAGUUAGGACCCCAUUAAUUUUACAUACAUUUAGUACCUUCGUAAUAUUGUUUUAUAGAAUAAAAGCAAAUUAAGAUAACGUUAUCCUGAA